AUGUCGGAGGUUCCGCAUUUCGUGCUCUAUGAGCAUGCCGCUGGAUAUGCUUUGAUGAAAGUAAAAGAGUUUGAAGAUUCUGGUCUUAUUGCACAAGAGGUUUGUUUCAUUUUUUCAUUUCUAAUCUUAAUAUCCUCACUUAUAAGCCGGGGCACUAACUUAUGUUGUAAGUAACCUAGUAAAACGUGAGGAAGAGCAAAGAGAACACCAGACACCGUGAAUAUUUUGAUGUUUUCGGUCAUAGUGGUUCCCAUAUUACUCUUCAAAAAAUUGGCUUUUCAGGUUGAUGCUUCACUCGCUGAUAGUUACAAGUUCUCACAAAUCAUCGAGUUGGCUCAAUUCGAUCCAUUCAAGAACACCGAAGCUGCUUUGGAAAACUGUAACUCGAUCUCUGAAGGUAUAACGUGACUUAAAUUAGGGGUGUGAUGUGGAAUGUUAGUUUUUAGGUCUUGCUCAUCCUGAUCUCGUUAAGUUUCUUGAAAAAGGUUUGCCAAAAAAGAAGAAGCACGUUGUGCUUGGAAUCAAUGACUCGAAACUUGCGGGUUCGCUUACUGAAGCUUUCCCAGAUCUGAAGCUCGUCUUCGGAGGCGUUAUUACCGAGGUAAUCAUAUGAUCAAUUGCAAUCACACUGAUUGCUUUUGAUCAUUACCGAUGACGAGAAUGCCAUAAUUGAGUUUAGAUUCUUCGCGGUACACGUGUUCAUUUCGAACGUUUGGCAAAAAAUCUUCCACAUCACUCCUUGUCGAAAGCGCAACUUUCGCUCGGUCACAGUUAUUCUCGUAGUAAGGUACGUAAACCAUCGCACCUUAUUAUGAGAAUAACCAUUUCUUUAAGGUUAAAUUCGAUGUUCAUCGUGUCGAUAACAUGGUUAUCCAAUCUAUUGCAUUGCUCGAUCAACUCGACAAAGACAUCAACUUGUUUGGAAUGAGAAUCCGCGAAUGGUACUCUUACCAUUACCCAGAGCUCUUCAAACUUGCACCAGACCAAUACAAAUACGCAAGACUUGCUGUUGCGAUUCUUGAUAGAAACAAGAUGGCCGAGAAUGAGAAUUUGGAAAACGAAAUUCUCGGUAAGUAAACUAUUUUUCGGAAAUUCUCAUCCUCGCUCAUAAGCCGGGGCUCCAACUAAUGUUGGUGAACUAGUAAGAUGCGAGGAAAAUUAUAGCGACUGCCAGACACCGUGAAUGUUUUGAUGUUUUCGGUCAUAGUUAUUCCCACAAUUAAAUCUUCAUUUACAGAAAUUGUUGACGGUGACACCGAGAAGACUGCUCAAAUCAUCGAAGCCGCCAGAACUUCAAUGGGGAUGGACAUUUCUGAUUUGGACUUGGAGAACAUCAAGAGAUUUGCUGCUCGCGUUGCUUCUCUUAUGGAGUACCGUCAACAACUCCACGAGUAUAUCAAAGACAGAAUGGAUCAUUGUGCUCCAUCUUUGAGUGCUUUGAUUGGAGAACAGGUGAGUUCUGCAAAUAAAAUGAAAUCAGUUUUAGAAACAUUGUUUUUUGCAGGUUGGUGCUCGUUUGAUUUCACAUGCUGGAUCAUUGACCAAUCUCGCCAAAUAUCCAGCCUCAACUGUUCAAAUUCUCGGAGCUGAAAAAGCGUUGUUCAGAGCUUUGAAAACAAGAUGUGAGUAAUUUAUUUGUACUUCGUGAGAAUAGUAAGAAAGUCUUAUGACGUUUCAAAUUUCAUAGAGGAGAAGGCAUGUAUUUAAUGCGGGUGGAUGUUUCCUAUAUUUCGGCCGUUUAGCUUGCAUGCGAAACCAUACAUCAUUGAGGAUUAAAAAUUUUGUUUUGUUGUACACAGCUUUCAAAUUCAUCUGAAAUGAUAACAAUUUUCAGCCAACACUCCAAAGUACGGACUUCUCUUCCACUCAAGCUUCAUCGGAAAAGCUGGUCAAAAGAACAAGGGUCGUGUUUCGAGAUACUUGGCUAACAAGUGCUCAAUCGCUGCUCGUGUUGAUUGCUUCUCCGAAGUUCCAGUUGCAACCUAUGGAGAGUUCCUCAAGAAACAAGUUGAAGAUCGUUUGGAAUACUUCACCAGUGGAACUAUUCCAAAGAAAAACAUCGAGGUUAUGAAAGAGGCCGAGGAAGCAGCAGUUGAAGUUAAAGAGAAGGUGAGUUUAUAAGUUGUGUUUUGAAAGUCAGCUGUAUUCCGUAAAAUCUAAGAAUGAUGGGAUAAAAAACAUGCUGGAAGCAGGUGAAAAAUUCUAAUAAGUGGAAUUCCACUUCCAAUAACCCCAUGUCAUUUUUUUUCCGAAAUCAAAAAUAAUCAUACAUCCCCACCCCUGGAUUAGUAAAAUUAGAAAGAGAUUAGUAAGGUCGUUUAUGGAUUCCUAGAACUUUCUGUAAAUGUCGCAAAAUCAAACUUCAUCAGAAUAAGAUUAUUUUAUGCGUAUUAUAAAAGUGAACAAUAUUUUUUAUAGGUUCUCAAGAAGAAAAAGAAGGCCGCCAAGAAAGCCAAACGUCUCGCUGAAGAGUCAAUUCUCUCCACAACCAACGAAUCCAUGGAAGUCGACGAGGAAACUCCGAAACCCAAGAAAAAGAAGAAGAGCAAGCAAGACGAAUAA